AUCAGAGAGGUCCGUCUUAUUUCAUUUUAUAUCUCCUCAUACUUUGUGUUCAACUGUAAAAAUUCAACAUCGAUCGUUAUAUAUAGAUAUAUGUACUGUAUCUAUCUUCGAAACGUGAGUACGACACGCGUUUGUUUUUACUUGUUCCCAAAUUUUAUUGUUUAUUAAUUUACGGUAUAGUGAAAUAAAUUUUAUUCUAUAUUGUUUUAAGAUGGUUGAUAAAAAGACAGUAGAAAACGUUUCUGAAGGGAAUGAACUUUCAAAAAAAGCAUUAAAAAAACAACAAAAAGAAGCUGAAAAAGCAGCUAAAAAAUCUGAACGUAAACAAAAAAAUGAAUCUCAGGAUGUCAUGAAUGAAACAGAGGAUGUGUCUAUUGGGUUAUAUGGUCAAACUGGUCUCAUUCAAAGUGCAUAUAUUCAUGAAAAUAGAAAAUUUAUUGAUGUAAAGUAUUUAAAUACUACAUUAGCUAAUCAAUCAGCGUGGAUUCGUGGUCGCUUACAUACUAGUCGAGCAAAAGGAAAACAGUGUUUUAUAGUUAUUCGGCAACACUCUUACACUAUCCAAGGCUUAGCAUCUGUCAAUGAAAAAACAAGCAAACAAAUGAUCAAAUUCAUUUCCAAUAUCACAAAGGAAUCAAUCAUUGAUGUACAAGUUUUGAUCAAAGCUGUUCCUAAUCAAAUUGAAUCUUGUACACAAAAAGAUGUAGAGUGUCAUAUUCAACAAAUUUUUGUAGUAAGUGCUGCAAAAUCAAUGUUGCCAUUACAAAUUGAAGAUGCAGCCAGACCAGAAACUAAUGAUGAUACAGCUCUUAAUAUUAGAGUUAAUCAAGAUACACGUUUGGAUAAUCGUAUUUUAGAUCUUCGUACACCAGCAAAUCAAGCAAUAUUUCGCAUUGAAGCAGGUGUUACUAGAUUGUUUCGUGAUAUCCUCACUAAUAAAGGAUUCGUUGAGAUACAUACUCCAAAAAUUAUUCCUGCUGCUAGUGAAGGUGGUGCUAAUGUUUUUACCGUUUCUUACUUUAAAGGAUCUGCAUAUCUUGCACAAUCACCACAAUUAUAUAAGCAAAUGGCCAUCGCAGCUGAUUUUGAUAAAGUAUUUACAGUAGGAGCAGUAUUCAGAGCUGAAGACUCUAAUACUCACCGACAUUUGACGGAAUUUGUUGGUCUCGAUCUUGAAAUGGCCUUUAAAUACCAUUAUCACGAAGUAGUUGAUACUAUUGGUCAAAUGUUUACCGAAUUAUUCUGUGGACUUCGUGAUAAUUAUGCAGAUGAAAUUGCAGCUGUCAAUCAGCAAUAUAAGGUUGAACCAUUUAAAUUUUUAGAUCCUCCACUAAAGUUAGAAUUUUCACAAGCAAUCAAGUUACUUGCGGAAGCGGGUGUUACAUUGGGAGAAGAAGAUGACUUAUCGACUCCAGAUGAAAAAUUAUUAGGGAAAAUAGUCAAAGCAAAAUAUGAUACUGAUUUUUAUAUUCUUGAUAAAUAUCCUUUAGCUGUUCGGCCUUUUUACACAAUGCCAGAUCCAAAUAAUCCUAAAGCUUCAAACUCAUAUGAUAUGUUUAUGAGAGGAGAAGAGAUUAUUUCAGGCGCACAAAGAAUCCACGAUCCAGAAUUUUUAACUGAACGUGCUAAACAUCAUGGAAUAGAUAUUGCUAAGAUAAAAUCAUAUAUUGAUGCAUUUAGGUAUGGAUGUCCACCUCAUGCUGGUGGUGGUAUUGGAUUGGAACGUGUUGUAAUGUUAUAUCUUGGACUUGAUAACAUUAGAAAAGUGUCAAUGUUUCCACGUGAUCCAAAACGUAUUACACCUUAAGAAAUACACAUGAGAAAACUAUUUAAGCUGUAAGAGUUACUUAACAACUACAAUUUCCUAUUUAAAACAUUAUGAAUAUUUUUUUUUUAUGUCUGUUAGACAAAAUCUUAAUAAAAAAAGUAAAAAAUGUCAUUGA